CUUAAAUGCAUCUUUCUAGGACAAAAAAUAAUAUCCAAAGAUAUUUUGGCACUAACAGUGUGAUUUAUGGCAAGAAAGAUGAGCAGUCUAUUCCAACACAGGAGAUUUCCAAGGAGACGGAGAGCCAAGACGGUGUAAAGGAGAAUAUGAAAAAAGACUUGUUACGAAUUAUUAAGGGCAUGAAAGUUGAAUUAAGCACAGUAAAUGUACAAACAACAAAGCCGCCCAGCAGAAGACAACUGAAAAGUUUGGAGGCCACAGUUGGCAGGCCUCAGAGAGCUCCAGGAGGUGCCCCAAAGGAGAGAAGCGAGUCCCUGAGUCCUGAGUUGGUGGCCGCUGCAUCUACUGUUGCAGAUUCUCUCCCUUUUGACAAGCAGACAACCAAGUCGGAGCUGCUCAGGCAGCUCCAACAGCAUGAGGAAGACUCAAGGGCACAGAAAGAUGGAGAAAGAACUAAAAUUAGUUUCAGUAACAUAAUAUCAGAUAUGAAAGUCGCCAGAUCUGCCACAGCUAGAGUUAGUACGAGACCAGUGCAUCAGAUUCAGUUUGAUGAAGGAUCUGACGGUUAUGUUGGCCAGGAGAAGACCAUUGGUCUUAGAAAAAGUCUUAGGAAAAAUAUAUUCAAGGGAAAGAGACUUAAUAUCUUUGAUCUUAAGGCAGUUACAGAAGGGGCACCUGAAGCAGAGACAGCACCUUCACUGUGGGAUGUGGAAUUUGCUAAGCAGUUAGCCGCAGUAAAUGAACAGCCCUUUCAGAAUGGUUUUGAACAGAUGAUCCAGUGGACAAAAGAGGGGAAACUGUGGGAGUUCCCAAUUAACAAUGAAGCGGGUUUUGAUGAUGAUGGUUCAGAAUUUUAUGAACAUAUAUUUCUGGAUAAAUACCUGGAGGAUUUUCCAAAACAAGGACCAAUUCGCCACUUCAUGGAGCUGGUGACCUGUGGCCUUUCCAAAAACCCAUAUCUGAGUGUUAAACAGAAGAUCGAACACAUAGAGUGGUUUAAAAAUUAUUUUAAUGAAAAACGGGACAUUCUAAAAGACAGUAACAUACAGUUCAAUUAAGACCAUGGAAAUUUUUAUUUCAAGCUGUUGGAGAUUGAUAUUAUAAGUAAAUAAGAUAAUUUUACUAGAAGUUUU